AUGGCAAAGGACAAGGCAAAGGAAAAGGAAUACAAGACCCGAGCCGCAAAGCGCCGGGCCGAGUGUCGCGAAAAGGGUCUUCCCCUCCCACCUCCCAGAACCGUUUUUCUAGCUCCUAGAUUUAUGGUUAUGCUCACUGCCAAGGAGAAGCGUGUUUAUACUGAGAAGUAUAAGUGGACCAUGGCCAUGCAAAAUUUCAAGGUCGGCCGUACUUGGCGAAAAGUUCUCGAACAAUACGCCAAGUUCCCAUUAGCUCAUUUGGAUCGCGAGUUACUCUCUAUCAAUCGAGACCAACUUGAUGAUAUGGAGGGAGAGCAAGAUGAUCGUGCUGCUAAGUUGUUGACGCACGUUGCCGAUAAGGCAAAUGCCAACUAA